GAAAAGCCAAUUGGAUCAGGAAAUGUGAGACCAGGUCGGCCAAUCCGCCAGUCAGAGGGGCGGAAGAGGGCUUGGCCAUAUCAUGCUUGGUCCCAUGCUCCGCGGCUAGGUCACUUGGCCUGGCAACUUGGGCAGGACCAGACGACAUGGGCGCCACCUGGGGGAACCCCGGACGCGCGCGGCUGGCGCUGUGCCUCGCGGGCUUAGUGCUGUCUCUCUACGCGCUGCACGUAAAGGCGGCGCGCACCCAGGACAAGGAUUAUCGCGCGCUCUGCGACUUGGGCACCGCCAUCAGUUGUUCGCGUGUCUUCUCCUCCAGUUGGGGCCAGGGCUUUGGACUGGUGGAACACAUGCUGGGCCAGGACAGUGUACUCAACCAGUCCAACAGCAUAUUCGGUUGCAUCUUCUACACGCUACAGCUGCUGUUAGGUUGCCUUCGAAGCCGUUGGGCAUCUCUCCUGCUGGUGCUGAGUUCGCUGGUGUCUCUUGCUGGUUCUGUCUAUCUGGCCUGGGUCCUAUUCUUCGUGCUGUAUGAUUUCUGCAUCGUUUGUAUCACUACCUAUGCUAUAAAUAUAGGCCUAAUGGUGCUUAGCUUCUGGGAUUUCCAGGGACUCCAGGGCAAGGCCAAGAGGCACUGAGCCUUCACCCCAAGCCAGGCUAACUUCAUGCUCUGCUUUGGCAUGUUGAGCCUUACCCAAGGGGGCCAUGUCUGGAUCCUUAGAAGAGUCUGCAACCCACCAUACUCCCACACAGACAAUGGACCAAAUGUACUACACUCUUUCCUCUACCCUAGUGCCUCUGUCUCUGUCCCAAAGGGCUGCUUUCCAAAGCUCCUGCCAUCCAAGGAGGGAAGGCUCUGAGCAAUAAAGUUUCUUAAAUAAA